AUGAAGGAAGUAGUUCCCCUAGGAGGCAGGAGUGCAAGAUGUUCCCUUGGAAUCAGUAGUGCUAUCGGUGCCCUUGGAGACAGUAGUGCUAGAUGUUCCCCUAGGAGGCAGGAGUGCUAGCUGUGCCAUUGGUGGCAGUAGCACAAGCUGUUCCCUGGAGACAGUAGUGCUAGCUGUUCUCUUGGAGACAGUAGUGAUAACUGUGCCCUUGGAGGCAGUAGUGCUCUCUGUUCCAUUGGAGGCAGUAGUGCUAGCUGUUCCCUUGGAGGCAGUAGUGAUAACGGUGCCCUUGGAGUCAGUAUUGCUAGCUGUGCCCUUGGAUGCAGUAGUGCUAGCUGUUCCCUUGGAGGCAUUUGUGCUAUUUGUUCCCUUCUAGGCAGUAGUGCAAGUUGGUCCCUUGGAGGCAGUAGUGCAAGCUGUUCCCUUCGAGGCAGUAGUGCUAGCUGUGCCCUUGGAAUCAGUAGUGCUAGCUGUUCCCUAGGAGGCAAUAGUGCUAGCUGUUCCCAUGGAGGCAGUGGUGCUACCUGUGCCCUUGGAGGCAGUAGUGCUAAUUGUUCCCUUGGAAUCAGUAGUGCUAUCUAUGCCCUUAAAGGUAGUUGUGCUAAUUGUUCCCUUGAAAUCAGUAGUGCUAGCUGUUCCCUUGGAAUCAGUAGUGCUAGUUGUUCCCUUGGAAUCAGUAGUGCUAGUUGUUCCCUUGGAGGCAGUAGUGCUAAAUGUUCCCUUGGAGGCAGUAGUGCUAGCUGUUCUCUUGGAGGCAGUAGUGAUAACUGUGCCCUAA